AUGGCUAUUCCAACGCUCGAUUUCUCCAAGUUCCAGAGCGGCUCGGACGCAGAACGUCGUGAAUUUGCCUCUGCUCUAACGGAAGGAUUCAUGGGCCUCGGUUUUGUCAAGCUGAUCAACCAUGGCUUCUCCAAGGAUGAAAUUACUCAUUUGUUCCAAUUGAACAAAGAUUUUUUCGACUUGCCUAAUUCAUGCAAAGCUAGCAUCCAGAAUGAUGAAGGUCCCAAGCCGCAACGAGGAUGGAGUAGCCUUGGAGCCGAAAAGACAGGCCUACUGAACCCAGGUGGCAAGACUAAUCUCGCAAAAACCGAUCAACACGACCUCCAAGAUGCGAAGGAGCACUUCGAUACAGGCCCAGCUGGAGACAUGCAAUAUCAGAACAAAUGGCCCUCUCCGGAUCGCCUGCCCGGGUUUCGACCAUGGCUGGAGUCGUACUUUACCCGUAGCCAGGCCAUCACGCUGGGGCUGAUGGCAGCGCUGGAGCUUGGUCUGGGGAUUCCUGAGGGUAGCUUCGUUGGCUUAUGCCAGGGCCACGCCAGCGAGCUGCGCCUGAACCACUACCCUUCCAUUGCCGUCCGCACGCUCGAGGAAGGGAAGACAAGCCGUAUUUGGCCCCAUACUGACUUUGGCAUCAUCACGCUCCUGGCGCAGGAUGACCGUGGCGGCCUUGAGGUGCAAAACAAGGAGGCCCCGGAUGAGUUCAUCCCUGCGCCGCGCGAGGAUCCGACUGAGUUUGUGGUGAACAUCGGCGACACCCUCGAAAGGCGGGGAGUUUCCAGCGGCAACGAUGAGAUGUUGCCGGCGCGGCGAUCCAUUGCUUUUUUCCUUAAGGCUCACCGGGAUAUGUCCGUUGGACCGCUGCUACCAUUUGUGACGGAUUCCCGUCCUUCCCACUAUGAGGACAUGACGGCUUUGGCAUAUCAGCAGUUGCGGACGAAUAUCGUUUAUUAG